UGAUUCGAAGAAGUAGAUUGAAACGCCACUAUCACAAGCCCUGUGCAGCGAAACUCACAAACCUGGGGUAUGGUUGUCUAGAAGUGUAUUACCUCUUCUCCUCGUAGGGUCCUCAUUGUGGUUCCGGCUUAGAAGAGGAACCUGAAGGAAAGAAAUACUGUACACUGACAAACCAAGAACUGUAAUAACAACUAGAACAUUUGGAAUUUGUGCUUAUUGUCUCGAAAAGAGUGCCUCGCACGCUGAGAGGGAACAAAGUAGGAUGCAUAAAUCAAUGAGAUCUACUUAUAACCAGACUCACAGGCCUUAUACAGUUACCCAUGGCCAUCAAAUCGCGCCCACAAGUGCACCUGAUAGAAGUAGAUCGAGAGUAUGCCGUUCAAUCCGAGGCAAGCGCAGUCCCCUGCAAUCGAAGAGAUAUAAGGUCCUGAAGGAUGACGACGCUCCUCCAUGACGAAGUAUAACAGCAGCUCUCAGGAAUUUGCAGUUCACUUAAAAUGGGCGGCAUGCGUUCAACAGAAUCGCCAUAGCCCUGGAAACGGCCACUGGAUCUGAUAUCGGCCUGCGAGCGGCCUGGGGGUCGAGGGCGGAAGUAGCUGGCUCACAAGCAUCAAACCAUUUGUCCCAGACGAGUGACCUAAUACGAGACCUGCAGGGCACAACAAGGCAAUGCAGAAUGUACACUGCUCAAACCACCAAUCUCAGGUCACCAUGUUCAGUCAGGUGUCGAUAUCGGGGCUUCACACGAGGCACGCAGCUCCGAAGCGCCGAGCGACGGACAUGCGCGCAAGGCACACCAGCUCACCUUGCGCACCAACCCUUGUAACAGCUCCACAGCGAGUGAGGGAAGAAGCUGUCCAGCAAAUCAGGCUUGCAGUCUCUUCCAAGAACUGGGGGAAUAACAGCCUCGACAAGGCGGGCGUGCAGGCGGGAGAUGAACGGGAUGCCUAUGCCAGAAUGGAAGACAGAUCGACAACGCAGGCCCUCGAGGGUGCAGAAAAUGAUCCCUACAUCCCGCCUUACCAUGCAGAUAUUAUCGGGUGAUAGCUGUCAUGCGAGGGGCUUGCACAUUAGAAGUGUGCUGAGGAUCAGUACUGCUUGGAGUCGCUGAUUAGCUCUUUGAUGGGAGACGACUGGAGGGUCUGCGAAGUGCUGUUGAUGAAAUUUUGCAGAUCGAAGAUCAUGUCCAGCAUGUCCAGCAUGGCCAAAGAUGGAGUGACGGGUGUGCGAGCCGAUGCAGAACUCAUGCAGAAUUUCUGGAUCAUGGCGUGUUGCAUUCCGCAGCGGCGGUCCAGACGCAGCGACAAAACGUCAUCCCGAGCAAUAAGCUUCUCUGUGGGCUAAAAUGGUGUGCCGCGAUACUCCGUACAGACAGGACAUCCGGAGCAGAUUCGAGGGGUGGGUGGGCUCCAUACAUCUAGGUGAGGCCAGGCAGGGCCAGGUCGGCAGGUCGGGCCCCGCCCGAAACGGUUCGAAAGGGCCCAGAAUGUGGUUGGUCGGGUCACGUACGAGAGACCGAGAGACAAUUCGGGAUCUCAAAAGGGGGUUUGAUGCAAUAUAGUGCGGUCUCGGGUUUUGGCCUCCCACGGUUUUGCUCCCCUUGGUCUUGGUCUUCGGCUGGUGGCCGCGUGCGAUCCGGGGCCCUGGAAAGGGAAACCCCACCCUGCCCAGCGGGCUGUACGUCUCGUUCUCGUCUCUGCGCAGGCCGGAAGAAGUUUGGGCUGGGUCCACGUCCCCACGUCGGCGGGUGCUAAGAUUCAAUAGACUUGGGACUUUGGACUCGGGUGGUUUUCUGCCAUGCAGCACGUCCGCCCAGAGAAGAGUCGAUCCAGGCAGUCAGCCAGUGAAGGGCUGGGGAAAAUGGACUCGCUGGGUCGGGUAGGACGGCAUGUUCCCACGGCGCUGCACUUGUGGCUGCCAAGAGCAGUUUACGGGAAUAGCGGGUUCAGAGGAGGACGGCAAGAUGGUUAGAGCACACAAGGCGUUUUCGGUCAGUAUGCAGCGUAGCCUAGGGUCAAAGGAGAGGCAAGGAAGGUAACGUGCCAUUCCUAUUACAUGACAGCCAGCGUCAGUCAAGUCAGCCAGAGUCCAGAAUCCAGAGUCGAGACUGACUGGAAGACAGACUGGAAGACAGACUGGAAGACAGACUGCCAGACAGACUGCCAGACUGUGUUGCUCGGUGGCUGCGGUGGCUUGCAUUCGCGACUUGUGAGGUGCCUGCCAAAUGGCCGGUCGACGUUGAGGGUCGGUGGACUCUGCCGAGUGGGCAUUGGGCAUUGGGCAUUGGGACUUGGGGGGCCAGCGACAAGGAGCAGGCAGGGCCUGGAAUCGCCGGCUGGCUAAUUAUGGUUGCGGAGACUGAUCAAGAGUCGAUGAACGGC